AAGAUAUCAUAGCAAGGAUGCAGGAUGAAAAAAAUGGCAUUCCUAUCAGGACUGUGAAAAGCUUCCUGACAAAAAUUCCAAGUGUGUUUUCAGGGUCUGAUAUUGUUCAGUGGUUAAUAAAGAACCUGAAUAUUGAAGACACAGUGGAGGCUUUACACCUUGGAACGUUAAUGGCAGCACAUGGCUAUUUCUUUCCGAUUUCAGACCAUGUUUUAACGUUAAAAGAUGAUGGCACAUUUUACAGGUUUCAGACUCCAUAUUUUUGGCCAUCAAAUUGUUGGGAACCAGAAAAUACUGACUAUGCUGUUUACCUGUGCAAGCGAACAAUGCAAAACAAGGCCAGACUGGAGCUAGCAGACUAUGAAGCUGAAAGCCUGGCCAGGUUGCAAAGAGCAUUUGCACGAAAAUGGGAGUUCAUUUUUAUGCAAGCUGAAGCCCAAGCAAAAGUUGAUAAGAAAAGGGACAAAAUUGAAAGGAAGAUCCUUGAUAGCCAAGAAAGAGCAUUCUGGGAUGUACAUAGACCAGUACCUGGUUGUGUAAAUACUACAGAAGUUGAUAUAAAGAAAUCUUCAAGAAUGAAGAACCCUCAUAAAACAAGAAAGUCUGUCUAUGGACUACAGAAUGAUAUUCGAAGUCACAGUCCAACUCAUUUGCAAGUCACUGAAGCAAAACAGCCCACAGCAGAAGAACUGCAGCAACAGAUACAGUUUUGGCAAAUGCAAAUAGAGCGACAUAGGUUAAAAAUGUCCAAAGUUGCAGAAAGUUUAAUAGGUUAUACAGAACAGUACAUAGAAUAUGACCCGUAUCUCGGAUCUCCUGAUCCCUCAAAUCCAUGGAUGACAGACGAUACAACUUUCUGGGAAAUGGAAACAAGCAAAGAACCAGGCCAACAGAGGGUAAAACGAUGGGCAUUUGGCAUUGAUGAAGUACUGAAAGACCCUGUUGGAAGAGAACAGUUCCUUAAAUUUCUGGAGUCUGAGUUCAGCUCGGAAAACCUAAGAUUUUGGUUAGCGGUUCAGGAACUAAAGAAAAGGCCAAUCCGUGAAGUACCUGCACUUGUCCAGGAAAUCUGGCAAGAGUUUUUAGCACCAGGAGCCCCGAGUGCCAUUAAUCUAGACUCUAAAAGUUAUGACAAAACAACACAGAAUGUGAAGGACCCUGGACGAUACACAUUUGAAGAUGCUCAGGAACACAUUUACAAACUGAUGAAAAGUGAUUCCUACCCACGAUUUAUACGUUCUAGUGCCUACCAGGAGAUGCUACAGGCCAAGAAGAAGGGCAGAAACAUCCCUAUUUUUCCAUGCCAUAAAAACUGUACACCAACACUGAGGGCGAGCGCUAACCUGUUAUGAACGAGGGCAAAUCAACCACAUCAAAGAGGCUAACAAGUCUAGUGCAAUCUUAAAUGGUUAUAUUUUAACAUUGGAAGCGGACCACUUAAUUUGUACUGACAAGUAGAUCAAAAAUAAGCUGGAAUUCAGAGAACAUUAAACCAGACAGUGCAUGAGCAAAGGGUCUGAUCAUUUUCUUCUGUGUAUACUGAGGCGUUACAGACCUUAAAUGACUUCCGAUCUUUCAAUGCCUUCACUGGGAAAGCCAUCUGCUUACUUUGGCUAUCAUAUCAGCUGGAUAAUUGUGUUUUUUUUUCAUUUCCUUUGCAAGCUGAAACACAUUAAGAGUGGAAAGCUUCUGCUAGAAAUGCAAUUUUAGAAAAUACAUUUUGUCUGCAACAGGCUGGAAUAAUUCAAAUUAUGCAUACAUUACAGACAUGUGCCACUGCAUUUACUGCACAAAAUAAUGUAACAUUCACAACAAAGGUUUUAAAUUCACUGGUAUUGUCAUCUUAAAAUGUUUGCCUAACAUCUGUAUAUUCUUUGUUGACAUUCUAUUUUUAUACCACAAUUCAGUUAUAUUAAAGUAACACCAUAAGUGUAUUUUUAUUUAUUUUUUGAUUGUUUGUUUUUAUAUAUCUGCAAUGAAUAGCAAGCUUUAUGUUCUGUUUUUGUUACAAUAGUUAAAAACUGUUACUGAUUCUGAAUUAAAAUUAGUCAUUUACUUUUAGGUACAUUUUUCAAAAAUAAGUACAGUGUGUUUUUCUCAGUGUACUUUUGUCUCUAGUUUUCUUUUUUUUUUAAUUAUGCAUAGUGCUGCCUUCCCUACAGACACUUCAGGGGCUAAAGGCUAGACUAUUCAGGUCCAGAGACAUGUGCAAUUCUGAAUAACCUACACAGCAGUACUUAACUGGAAAAGUGUCUUUGCAAAUAAAUCCUCUAAAUAGCUUUGUUUUAAAUGCAAGAAAUGAAAGAGUGGCAUAAAUGUAUUAGCAUUUCUAUCAUUUGCUCAGCUGCUAAAGUUCAUUUUCCGGGCAUGCACAGUAAGUUCUUGAGUGAUUAUAAGUUAGCACAUUCAUGCAGAGAGGAGUGCUAUAACUCUAACUGUUUCACAAAUAGUUUUGUACUUAACCAAGAUUAUCAGGUCAAAAUAAGAUGUAAGCAAUACAUGCAUAGCAGGAGGCAUUAUAUAUUCUGCAUGGAUGUGCUGGCUUUUUAAAAGAAUGCUACCUUUAUACCUUUCCAUUUGUACGGCUGACUAUACUUUCUACAGCCAUGCAUUUUAUGUUUCACAGUUUCAAUAUGCAAAAACAUUUUGUAGUUUAUUUUGUUAUACAUUACCUGAAAGCUUUGUGAAGACUGCAGCAUUUUACCUUCCAUUAGCACCAGAAUUAAUUGCCAGAGCUUGUUGUUAUAUGUUAAAACUCAUAAAGUAAUGAAAAAGCUUAGUACAUCCUGCCAAAUUUAAAGUUAUCUUCCAUUCCUUAAAUGUAAAUCCAGACACUAUGGUGUAGUCAUACCCAUUGUACUAUUACUGGCAAUGGCUUAUUUCACAGGUUACCCCAAUCAUACCCAUCGCACUAUUACUGGCAAUGGCUUAUUUCAUAGGCUACUCCAAUCAUACCCAUUGAACUAUUACUGGAAAUGGCUUAUUUCACAGGUUACCCCAAUCAUACCCAUCGCACUAUUACUGGCAAUGGCUUAUUUCAUAGGUUACUCCAGUCAUUCCCAUCAUACUAUUACUGGCAAUGGUUUAUUUCAUAGGCUACUCCAGUCAUACCUAUCAUACUAUUACUGGCAAUGGCUUAUUUCAUAGUUUACUCCAGUCAUACCCAUCGUACUAUUACUGGAAAUGGCUUAUUUUAUAGGUUACUCCAGUCAUACCCAUUGUAGUAUUACUGGCAAUGUCUUAUUCCAUAGGUUACUCCAGUCAUACCCAUUGUACUAUUACUGGCAAUGGCUUAUUUCAUAGGCUUCUCCAAUCAUACCCAUCGUACUAUUACUGGCAAUGGCUUAUUUCAUAGGCUACUCCAAUCAUACCCAUUGUACUAUUACUGGCAAUGGCUUAUUUCAUAGUCUAAUCCAAUCAUACCCAUCGCACUAUUACUGGCAAUGGCUUAUUUCAUAGGUUAUUCCAGUCAUUCCCAUCAUACUAUUACUGGCAAUGGCUUAUUUCAUAGGCUACUCCAGUCAUUCCCAUCAUACUAUUACCGGUAAUGGCUUAUUUCAUAGCCUACUCCAAUCAUACCCAUUGUACUGUUACUGGCAAUGGCUUAUUUCAUAGGCUACUCCAGUCAUACCCAUCGUACUGUUACCAACAAUGGCUUAUUUCAUAUGUUACUCCAGUCAAACCCAUUGUAUUAUUGCUGGCAAUGGCUUAUUUCAUAGGUUACUCCAGUCAUACCCAUUGUACUAUUACUGCUAAUGGCAUAUUUCAUAGGCUACUCCAAUCAUACCCAUCGUACUAUUACUGGCAAUGGCUUAUUUCAUAGGCUACUCCAGUCAUUCCCAUCAUACUGUUACUGGCAAUGGCUUAUUUCAUAGGCUACUCCAGUCAUUCCCAUCAUACUGUUACUGGCAAUGGCUUAUUUCAUAGGCUACUCCAGUCAUUCCCAUCAUACUAUUACUGGCAAUGGCUUAUUUCAUAGGCUACUCCAGUCAUUCCCAUCAUACUGUUACUGGCAAUGGCUUAUUUCAUAGACUACUCCAGUCAUACCCAUCGUACUAUUACUGCUAAUGGCUUAUUUCAUAGGCUACUCCAGUCAUUCCCAUCAUACUGUUACUGGCAAUGGCUUAUUUCAUAGAUUACUCCAGUCAUUCCCAUCAUACUGUUACUGGCAAUGGCUUAUUUCAUAGAUUACUCCAGUCAUUCCCAUCAUACUGUUACUGGCAAUGGCUUAUUUCAUAGAUUACUCCAGUCAUUCCCAUCAUACUGUUACUGGCAAUGGCUUAUUUCAUAGAUUACUCCAGUAACCAAGACUCCAACGUUGCACUUGACUGUUCUUAUUACAGUGAAGACUUCCCUUGUGCAAAGAGUUUUGUUAACUAAACUGAUGCUGUCUUGAAAGCUACAAUUUAUUACAAGGUGAUUCAUUUAAAAUGGUUUAGAUAUUUGGACUAUAAAAUGAUGCCGUAACCUAAAAGAAAAAUGUGUUUUAUACAUUUGAAAUAUCAUGCACAUAUUUAUGUAAAUUCUGUUACAGCUGCUAUACCAGUUCCUAAGAGAUGCAUUAUUGAAGUGCAUCACUGUAAAUGGAGAAUGGUGUCACACAAUUCCUCAAAUUUUCUUUGAUAUGAAUUGACUCCUUUGGCUCAGCAACUGACCCAGCCAUGUGCUCAACCAAAGCUGGAAAACUGGUGCACUCAUGCCAUCUGACUGCCCAGACACUAGGCUAUAUUCUGAACCUCAGUAUUUCUCUUCACAGAUUCUAGACCAUAACAUUAUAUUCAGUAGUGCACUUAGAGCAUUGUAUUGAAGCUUUUGUUGUUAGUCAUUUUGAUGAAAGUUAAAAUGGUGCAUUACAUUCAACAUAAAAGGUGUUCUAUUAGCAGAAUCAGUUCCUUGUGUUCCAGCCUCUUAACAAAUACAUAUUGCACAUUUCAGCAGUGAAUUAAAAUGUAUUAUAUAACAUGUGCAAGAAAUUUAAAAAUGCCUCCAGAUGUGUACAGAUGUUUUAUUUUAUUCUGGUUAAUAAAAAUGAGUUUCUUCUCAAUUAA